UAUAAUGGAUGUCAAAAUAAUUAUACUUGUGCUCGUCUCCCUAUUUUACAAGGCAAAUGGCGCCAUUUACGAACUCUCUGUGGCCGAUGAACAAAUAUUUAGAAGCUGCCCCAAUCCUGAGCCAGGCACCCUCGACAUCCAUGGACUCUUUGAUUUAUCAGAGUUCUCCGCUUCCAUGGAUGCGGAUGGACUGACUGUAAGCGGAAAUCAGACCUUGCUGUGGGACAUCCAACGCGGGGAUCGCGUACAGCUGUCCAUUAAGCUCUUCUACUUCGAUCGGGGCACGUGGACGUCAACUCCUUUCUCUAUAUAUUCCAAGGAUUUCUGUAAAACCAUGUAUGAUAAAAGUAAUAUACUUUAUGAGCCCUGGACAGGACAUGUCAUAAACGAUGUGAAGGAUCUUUGUAUAAAUGCUCCAGGGACGAAGCUCAUUCUGGAGACCUAUUUCCUCAGUUUGUCCGCCUCAGUUAUCGCCCCACUUCGUGAAGGUCGCUACAAGGCCACCAUUAUUUUUCGAGCCUUCGACUCCAAGGGAACUGAGAGGCCCACCCGCAUUUGCUGCGAAGUAGUAGGAGAUGUUUUUAAGAUUAGAAACUAACGUGAAAUACUUUUCAACAACUGAUUGAAGUAAAGUUAAUAAUCAAACAUACG